UUUGUAUCCUCGUCCCAUUCUGUCAUAAGGAUACUGAUUCAGUAUAUCCUGCUAACAGGUGGUCUUCAUCCUCAAUCUCUCAACUGUAGUCUAUUGACUCUCUUGAGGCUAAUCCCUUGGACUCAAAAUAUGGGGAAGAAGAAAUUCAUCGACAAGAAAAAAGCUGCAACUUUCCAGUUACUCGCUCGCGACUCUUCCGAUCCUAAUUACAAUGACUCAUCUGGCAGCGACCGUAUCUUUGUGCGAGUCGACAACGGUAACAUCUCGGUGAACAGCUUUUUUAAUGAUGAUGGCGAUGAUGGUAAUGCAAUAUUCUCCGAUGCGCCCGAAGAUAAUGAUGGCGGAAAUGACGAUGAUCGGGUUUUUGGAAAUUCGACUGCGUUUAACGGGGGAAUUGCUGGGCCCGGCAAUGGAACGGGGUUGCCGGAGCAUGUGAGGAGAGAGAUUUUGGAGUUAGGGUUUCCUGAUGAUGGUUAUAAUUAUCUGAUUCACUUAAGAGAGAUUAAGAAUACCGGUGGGGGUUCGGCUUUUUAUCAUAAUCCUAAGGCCAGGCUUGAUCAACUUCCUCAUGAUGUCAAGGCAUAUGACGCCUCUAGAUUGCAGAUUUCUCAUGUGAAAGGCGAUUCUGAUGAGAAAUCCAUUUAUGGUGUAGCCUCCGGAGCCGUUAAUGUGAGGGUGCAGAAAGCUGUUGAUCCUGAUGUGACUGCAUUGCUUGAUGAUAGUGAUUUAUCCAGGUUUGGUUCUGAUGUUGAGGACCUGGAAGAGGAUUUUGUUGUUCAAGCAAAUCUUCCGGAAGAAGGGGGGAAGGAUUUAGAUAUAAGAAACAAGCUCACCUUGGUUGAGGAACUCGAGGCAACCAAUGAAGUAGACUAUCCUACUUUUAGUCGUCAUGACAAUGCCUUUCGCCUUGUUGAUUUGGAUGAAGAAAAGAAACAAUCCACAAGUGCAGGAGAUAAUUUUGCUAGUGAGAAAACAAGAGUUCAUCGUCUUUUGGAUGAGCAAUUUGAUUUGGUGAGACUUUUGUCUACUGACAAAAAAGAAAUAAAGGACGUGUGCAGCUUGAAAAUUGAACCGCUGAAGAGGAAGCCACGUGGGCAGGAGUCAAAAGAUGAGAAGAGAGAGCGAAAGGCUGCCGUAAGGGAGAAACGGCGUGAGGCACUACGAAUUAAAAAAGAAACAAGUGAGCUGUAUAAGGAAACAGCACGACAUGCUCAGAGAGUUGCUGCUAUAUCCGGGCCUUCAUCUAUUCAUCUAAUGUAACUAGGCCAGUUGUGAAUGAUUCUUCCUGUUAAAGCUAAAUACUGAAAUAAGUUUUAUUAAAGUUAAUGUUGAAAUAAGUUUUUGCGUGAAAUUUGAUGUGGGUAAGAAAUAAGUAGUAGAGAAGACAGGCAGUUCUCUGAUUUUUUGAUUGAAACUCUUGCCUUUAUCAUCUUAGUAAGAACAUAUCGUCUGGUAUUGAGGAGAGCCCAAUAUGAAAUAAACAUAAUCCUCAUUUUGAUGGGAUCAAAACAUUUGACCCAUUCAACUUCUUGUCACAA